CUUCCUGAACAGAAACGCAGCAGUCUCAGACAUGGCUAAAUUCCUCACACAAGCUCAGAUUAAUGAGUACAAAGAGUGCUUCUCAUUGUAUGACAAGAAUCAAAACGGCAAGAUAAAUAACAAUGACCUGAUCACAGUUAUGCGCUGCCUGGGUACAAGCCCCACACCCGGUGAAAUCAGGAGACAUCUACAAGUCCACAAAAUUGAAAAGUCUGCUGAGGUGGAGUUCUCUACGUUCCUGUCAAUAAUGCACAGACAGAUGCAACAGGAGGAUCCCAAAGUGGAAAUCCUGGAGGCCUUGAAGAUGACGGACAAGCAGAAGAAGGGAUACAUCGAGGCAUCUGAGCUGCGGGCCAAGCUCACCAUGUUAGGAGAGAAACUCACAAACAAAGAAGUGGACGACCUCUUCAGAGAGGCACACAUCAAGUCAAAUGGGAUCGUCAAAUACGAAGAGUUCACAGCGAUGCUGACGCUGCCACCUGUUGAUUACUGAUUUUUUUUAAAAAAAGAAAACAACUACGUCAAACUUCAGGACAACAAGCUGGAAAACUGACUCUGAAUAUCAAGAAGGUGACAUCAUAGUCACAUUUUGCACAUGAAGUUCGGUUGUAUUAAAUUUGCCUGUUGGUACAGCAAAGGUUUUUCACAAUGAUUAUUUCUUGAAUAUUUUAUGAUUAAUGCACAAUACAAUACUUUAAUUUCUUUCCAUAACUCUCCUUUGUAACUGAACACUACACAGUACGUGUUAGCAUGUGACCCUGGUGUAAAGCCAUUAAAUCCUCAGCGUCAUAGCUGACCACGCUUCACCCAAUUAAAUCCUAGCCCUUGGGUGUUAAUAUUGACUAGUGAGUAUGUACCAAUCUCAUCUUUUAUGAGUUUCAAGUGUUCACACAUCGUUGUUCA